AUGUCCCACUACGGCCAGUACAAUGCAGCAGGCUACCAAGUCCCAGGCGGUGACCCUCGACAAGCAAAAUCUGGAACACCGUCAGGACCACCGCAAUCCCGUCCUCAAGUAGCUCCCACUCCGCCUGGGUACCAGCAAGGAGGGUCGCAUUAUCCACAGAACACCCCGAGUCUCCAGCACAGCCAGUAUGGCCAAACGCCCCAGAAUGGGUAUCAAUAUCAGGGGACACCGGGCCAAGACCAGGGGUACUUCUCUCUCCAGAGCCAAGCUACGAUGGAGGAUCAAGGUGCAAUGGGGGGAUUGACUUCACAAAUGGGAGGAAUGGGUCUAGGAGGGGACGGUGCUGCUGCAAGUCGACCGAAUAAGAAGAAAAACCGGCACGCAUAUCAUAAUAUCGACCAGCCGGUGGUGUCUUCACAAGCGUUCAACCAGAGCACGGGAAAUGCCGAACAGUACGUGAAUCAGGAUCCGUCUCAGCAAACGGGGGCUGGCAAUCCAUACGGUGGCCAGCAAAUUACACCCGCUAUGAACCAAUUCCCUGCGCAAGCCGCUCCUUCUUUCUCUCCGGGCCUACAGUCUUCGGGCGCAGGGGUCGCAAAUGCAGCUACACCGAUGCCAGCGCCUAGCGGACCUGGCGUAUCAGCUCAAGGGCGAGUGGAUCCAGAGCAAAUACCGAGCAUACCACGAGCUCGGGAUGGUGCUGCACAGUACUACCUAGAUCACAUAUACCCCACAAUGGAGCAACAUCUCCCCCCACCCGGGGCUGUGCCUUUCGUUGCCCAAGAUCAAGGCAAUUCGUCCCCCAAAUAUGCCAGACUCACGCUCAACAAUAUCCCGUCAACAUCAAAUUUCCUUUCCCAGACCGGUCUACCAUUGGGGCUGGUCCUCCAACCGUUGGCUCCUCUCCAAGCCGGGGAACGACCGAUACCUGUCCUCGACUUUGGAGAACUGGGUCCUCCUCGUUGCAGUAGAUGCAGAGCCUACAUUAAUCCUUUCAUGACAUUUCGAUCUGGCGGCAACAAACUUGUCUGUAAUAUGUGCACCUUUCCCAAUGAUGUCAUUCCAGAAUAUUUUGCGCCCACGGAUCCAAGUGGCGUCAGGGUAGAUCGAGCACAACGGCCCGAAUUGACGACAGGGACUGUGGAAUACUUGGUGCCAAAGGAGUACUGGGCUAAGGAACCUGUAGGCUUACGGUGGCUGUUUGUCAUUGAUGUCAGUCAAGAUGCGGUUAGCAAAGGUUUUCUAGAAGCAUUCUGUGAGGGCGUUCUCAGCGCUCUUUAUGGUGAGGACGAAGACGAUGUAGAUGACGAGAAAACAAAUAGCGAAAAUGCGUCGGAGAAGAGAAGAAUCCCUAUUGGAUCCAAAAUUGGAUUCGUGACAUUUGACAAAGCUAUGCAUUUCUAUAAUUGUAAUGAGAAUUUGGAAAGAGCUCAAAUGCUCGUAAUGCCAGACAUCGAGGAUCCCUUCGUGCCACUCGGUAGCGAAGGACUCUUCGUCGACCCAUACAAAUCAAAGUUGAUUAUAACCUCUCUUCUCACGCAAUUGCCAGCCCUUUUUUCGCACGUCAAGAAUCCAGAGCCGGCUCUGCUGCCUACAUUGGAGUCGGCAUUGUCGUCACUGAGCGCCACAGGUGGAAAGAUAGUGUGUUCCUUAGCAUCAUUACCGACAUGGGGGCCAGGCAGGCUGUUCCUCAGAGAUAAAAAUGAUUUGCACGGUAUCGAAACCGAGAAAAAGCUAUUCCAGACAGACCAUCCUGGUUUCAAGAAGCUUGCGGGCAAAAUGGUCGAGAGUGGUGUUGGCGUCGAUUUCUUUAUCGCUGCUCCAGCCGGAAAAUACAUGGAUAUUGCCACCAUAGGUCAUCUCUCCGCAGUUUCCGGUGGCCAGACUUAUUUUUAUCCUAACUACAUUGCGCCUCGCGACUCGCUCCAGCUUGCGCAAGAGAUCAAGCAUACCCUCACCCGAGAGACAGGAUACCAAGCGCUUAUGAAAGUCCGAUGCUCGAACGGCCUACAAGUCUCAUCAUACCACGGCAACUUCCUACAGCACAAUUUUGGUGCUGAUCUCGAAUUUGGUGUCAUAGAUUCUGACAAAUCAGUGGGUGUGAUGUUCAGCUAUGACGGCAAGCUAGAUGCCAAAUUGGACGCUCACUUCCAGUGCGCUCUGCUAUACACUACGGCUAGUGGAGAACGUCGCGUUCGCUGCACGAAUACAGUUGCUGGAGUCAGUGAAGGGGCUAUGGAAAGCAUGAGGUUUAUUGAUCAAGAUGCUGUGGUCAACAUUAUUGCAAAAGAGGGUAGGCGAGAGCAAUCCGUGCUGGAGCUUUUCGUUCCAUCUUUGCUAACCAUUCUCACAGCUGCGACAAGAAUGAUUGAGCGACCACUCAAGGAUGUUCGCAAUGCACUCACUGAGAAGACCAUCGAUAUUUUGGCAGGGUAUCGAAAGACUGGUUCUGGUUCACAUCCUCCCGGUCAGCUUGUCUUGCCGGAAAAUCUGAAGGAAUUCAGCAUGUAUGUCCUCGGCUUGAUGAAAUCACGAGCGUUCAAGGCUGGUCACGAACCUUCCGACCGCCGCACUCAUACCAUGCGCCUUCUCAAAUCGGCUUCGCCGCUCGAACUGUCGCUGUUCCUUUACCCUCGCAUUCUCCCCGUACAUACUCUCCCGCCGGAAUCAGGCUUCCCACAUCCUGUUACGGGUCACCUGGUUGUGCCUCCUGCAAUACGAGCCUCGUUUUCCCGAAUAGAAGAAGGUGGCGCCUACCUCGUGGACGAUGGCCAGGUCUGCCUUCUCUGGCUCCACGCGCACGUCUCACCUAAUCUUUUAGAGGACCUUUUUGGGGAAGGAAAAACGUCGCUGUCAUCGCUGGAUCCUAUGAUGUCCUCGCUGCCAACUUUAGAAACGCAUCUGAAUGCUCAAGUCCGCAACCUCCUAGCCUACUGGGCGAGCGUGAGAGGAAGUAAAGGAAUUACCAUCCAACUAGCCCGGCAGGGCCUCGAUGGGUCUGAAUAUGAGUUUGCAAGGCUUCUGGUGGAGGACCGAAAUAACGAGGCGCAGAGUUACGUGGACUGGCUCGUUAACCUACAUCGACAUAUUCAGAUGGAAUUGAGUGGUCAAAGGAAAAGAGAAGAUGGCGGUGGUAUGUCCACGAUGGGCAUGGAGAGCGCAGUAGCUGGAAUUACGAGUCUGUGGACGGUCGCCAUCAUUGAUACCUCAAGCUCCCCUCCGCCCAUCUCGAGCCGUUCUACAUCACGUAGACAAUCCGGCGCAACGUCUUCAGCACACUCCACCCCUCGACCAGCAAGCCGGAGGAGCGACAUCAACAGCCAGCUCUACCAAUUCGCACUUGGCUACCCUCUGACCCCACCUGACACAAGCCCGGUCAAAGAGCGUUCUGAGUCUUCGGUACAACUUGAGGCCUCUGGUCCCGGGGCCAGCAUGGGGAGCUUCGUCUUCAAAUGGCAUCAUCCAGCACAUGAGGUCUACGUGACCGGCACAUUCGACGAUUGGGCAAAGAGUGUGAAGCUGGAAAACAAGGGUGAAUAUUUCGAGAAGCUUGUAGAGCUACCCUUGUCGAAAGAGAACAUAUUUUACAAAUUUGUCGUUGACGGCAACUGGACGACAGAUCAUACAGCUCCUCAGGAAAGUGACGGCGCAAGCAACGUGAACAACGUCCUCCUUCCCAAAAACAUCACAGGACCACACUCCUCAGGCCCAGCAGCUGUAGGGAUUAUGUCCGGAGUUACCCCUCUAUCUACUACUGCAGGCUUGGCGGGCAAUGUGCCAAAGGAAGCAGAACGAGAUGUAAGGCCAGAGUCAGCAUCUUCUGAUGUACCGGGCAGCUUGGCCGAGACACCGUUCCAUGACGCAUCAGAAUUCUACGUCGAUCCGAUUCCGGCGACUUCUGGUAUGGGUAACCCCGUCAACUUGGCACCUGGAGAGAAAGUCCCUCAUCCGAAUACUCUCACUUCCAACACUGUGUCCUCGACUGCUCGUGAUGAUUCGUCACUCAAGAAGAGCGCAGAGGGCUCUGAGCAGACCUUUGGCGUAGCUCCUCUCCCCGCCACCACUGGCACUGGGAAUCCGGUCUCAUUACAGCCUGGCGAGAAAGUUCCUCACCCCAGCGAGUUCACUCAAAAUACUACAACAUCGCACGUAACCACGGACAAAGAGUCAUAUGAGAACGCAGGGGGUGCGCCACAGCUGCCAGGUGUCGUCACUCCGGACCACGAGCGUGAAGCUCUGGGAGGAAUGUUCAAGAUGCCAGGGAUCGGAGGAACCAUGAUUCCUGAAUCUAGCUUACCAAUGGGAGGAGGAGUUGCAUCAGAAGUAGAUAAAGGCCCAGUGAUACAAUCCGCUGGAGCACAAAGCACAACGGCUGCACUUGCGGGUAACGUGCCGUUGGAGCGGCGAGGGGUACCUGAGAUCGUUCAGGAGAGUCAGCAAGAAGCUGGAUUCGGUCCAGAGGCCAGUGAAAACAGGGAGGCUGUGAAGGAAAAGUCUGCAAUGGAGAAAGAGCUCGAGACCAAAGUCCCAGAAGAGCCAGCUACGUCUGAAAGCACUGGUGUAGCUGCAUCUGAAGGCACCGAUGGCGCCAGUGGUGGCAUGGGCAAGGACGCUGCGAUGGCCGCUGGAGGUGUUGCGGCUGGAGGUGCAGUGGCUGCCGCCGCUACAGCUUCUCACGGUCUCCCAGCGUCAGUACAGCACUCGAUCGACGAGAUGAACAGAGGGUCUGCCAUCGCUCCAACGGUGCCAGACGUUGUCCAAGAAUCUAUCACCGAAUCUCAUCAAUCACCAGAGGCAGCCGCAGACAAGACAAUGGUCGGAGAGAAGAGUGCAAUGGAGAAGGAACUGCUGUCUGACGUCAAGAGGGAAGAUGGUGUUGGAGAGCCAGCCCCUUCCUCAAGCGCUGCGUUGGCCGAGACUGCUCCAGCUCCCACUGGAUCCGAGAAUGUUCCACCACCAAUCUCCAAGGACUCUGCCGCCGUCACUACCGCUGGAGCGCCCGCCCAAACACCAGCUACCGGAAAUUCAAUGAAGCAAGCAGUGCAGUCCCAGCCUGACUCUCGAGAUAUCUCUCCGAUGACCAAGCCCAUCAAGCAGACGCAAAACCAAAGUCAGCCAACUGUGACGACCGGAGUGGGCUCCAGCGCUGCUCCUCAGACAUCACAACAACCAGACAAGGCCGCCCCUGCAGCAAAACCGAGCCCUGCAGCAAAUUCUACGGCCGCGGACAAGAAAGCGAAACGAGCAAGUGGAUUCUUUGGGAAAUUGAAGUCGAAGUUUAGUGAUAAGAAGUAA